AUGAGACUACCUUGGCUAUUGGCUGUGGCGACGGCCUGGCUGACACUUUAUUCCUAUAACGCGGGGAAAGCGUACCUUGAGCUUACGUCUCACGAAGUUGUCAAGCUUGAUUUCGACGUCCUGGGCAAGUUUGAGAAAGAUUCCAGUUACAACACCGGCGAUGCCAUCAAACCAAUCGCCCAAGCACCAGCUAACGGAACCUACUUUGUCUUGGGUGACGCUCUCCACACGCUUUAUGGUGAUACGAACGGGAUGUUGGCGGUGGCUCGCUACGACGACAACAACGAUGAGUGGAGUGUAAUCAAGGAUAUCGAUGCCUCCCACAUCUCCGACACUCGGUACUUUGCAAAUUGCUCUGUGCUUACGGUACCAUCCGAUAACCAAACAACCUAUAUUUAUGGAGGUGACAUGCCCAAUAGCGGUGUGCUGGACCGCUUGCUCUCGCUAGACUUCCAGGAUCUUAAGUUCAGCAAUAUAUCGACUGCCACCCAGCCCCAACCAUUUCUGGGUGCCGCCCAAGUGUUGGCACCCAAUCCACAAACAAAUCUUGUCAUUGGUGGUGAGCUGACUCAGGGGUGGCUCAACAUGUACCAGAUUGCUACCUGGGAUUUCCUGGCUGGUUGGCUGUUCCGCCAGGUUGAACUGCUGAAUUCUACAAUCGAGCUGAGACGAGGGGCUCUUGCUCUUCCGGUUUUUGGCAAAGUGGACCCUCGCAAUGUUCUGACUGAUUUACAGAUUCUGCAAGUAGUAUUGUUAGGUGGUGACAUUGCCAAUCGCCCAGCUAAACCUUCGGUCGCUCGCCUUCAACUUGAUCAAAAUUUAUGGCAAUGGAACACUUAUGAAGAGGACAUUCUGGAGUUUGUCGGAGCUGCUACAAUUUUCAAUACCCUUGUAACGGUAAAUGAUACCGCGCUGGGGUACAAGCUUCAUCUCUACGAUGCCGUUAGUUUAAAACUGGUGUCUAGUGUGAAGGACAACUUUCACGACAAAGUCGAUGACGCUUCUAAGGCCCAGAAGAAGGUGCUGACCCAAACCAAGGCCAUCUUGGGCACUGUGGUUCCCAUUGCGGCUCUUCUGUUGAUGGGUAUUGCGGGCAUGGUGAUUUAUCGCCAUCAUCGCAAACACAAGGACUCUCAAAAGUUGGAAAAUGAUGUUGACAGCUACGACUUCGAUUACUAUGAUAAACCUGAAAAUCCUUUUAUUCUCGAGCGCCAUCUUACGCAACUGACACUUGGUGAAGGCAACGAUGAUGCUCUGUUCUCUCUGUGGAUGCGUAAGCGUCAGCAGUACGAGGCACUUCAACAGGGCCAAAACCAGAACGGUAAACUCCGAAAUCUGUAUUUGGCGAGCAAUGACACUUUGGGAGCUUCGGAUGAUGAAGCUGAACUGCUAACCAAACCGAGCCCCGCGAUUAUCCAUAAACCCCCACGCCCUCUACGCAAACUGUUCCUGUUUGUUGAAAGCAAACCCGAUGUGCUUAAUCGUAAGCAACUCACAGGACCUAGCAAGGAGCUGCUUCAAUCCGACGAUUAUGUGGAUGCGCAAGUAUUAGUGAGUUCGAAGCGAAGACUGGUCUUGCGGGUGAUGAAUCCCGACGACGCUAGCGACGUAAACAGUGCUUCAAAACUCAGUUACGUGCCUGAAAUUGAUUUGAGUGAGGAAGAACUGUUGUUGACGGCCCUGGUGGUCGAUGAUGAAAGCACGUUCUCUAAGACUCCAUCCAAAUCGAUUAGACAACGAAUUCCUCUGGGCAGGCCCCUUGAUGACGAUAAUUAG